GGUAUACAUGUUUAGACAAAAAAGUCUAGUCACUCCACUGGAAUCGCAAGAAAUUGUAAAUCCACAGACUUGAUUCUUUAGAUCAAGUUUACACCGCAUGUAUAUACAAAAGUUACGAUAUACAUAAAGAUAAUCAAAAUGAGUUGGAAAUACAAGAAACAAGAGAAGGAAGAGCCAGCAUUUGAAUAUGACAUGAAUCCCUACGACAGUUUCAUGAGAAAGCAUCUUCAGCAUUAUGGCUAUUAUACAGGGAGGAAUGAAGGUUACAGAAUAGAGGAAUGGGAGAGGACUAAUGGAUAUAACUAUGGACCUAACAAGGAUGACUCUGACAUGGAAUCAGAUGACUCCAAUGAUGAAGAUGAUGAUGAUGAUGAUUCCAGUAAGGACGAAAAACAACGUACCACCCAAAUAUCAUAUGCACCACAAGGAGGAAGGAUGGUGCCAAAGUUACGGGAACCUAGACAAUUAUAUGCAGUGUGUGGAGGGGAGGAGGCAUAUCAUGCACUGACCAGAUGGCCUGCUGAGAUACAAGUACUACCAGAACCCAUAGAGUUCUUGAAGAAUCCUAUAUCCCUGGGCCAAGAACCUAUGUACAAACCAACUGGCAAGGAGACUACACCAAUGAUUAGAGGGGAGAAUGGGGGAGGAAGGCUUGUCUACUUCUAUGAACCUUCAGCAGGAAGUUUUUUUCUACGAUCACGUGUAGGGGGGCAUCGCAAUGGAUGUGCAGACAAUGUUGCAGUGCAAUUACAGAACCAAGAGGACAAAACCUUAAUAUUUGAAGCCAGAUUUGAAAGUGGAAACCUGCUUAAAGCUGUGCAAAUAUCUGAUUUUGAGUAUGAAUUAACUCUAAGAAAUGACCUGUAUACAUCUAAACACACUCAAUGGUUCUAUUUCCGUGUGGCAAACACCAGAGCCAACUGCAAAUAUAGAUUCACUAUCACCAAUCUCAUGAAACCUGAUAGUUUAUACAACAAUGGCAUGAGGCCAGUCUUAUACAGUGAAAGGCUAGCAGCUGAGAAACAAAUAGGUUGGAAGAGAUGUGGCAGUGAUAUCAAAUACUACAAAAAUAAUAUAAAGACUGAUACAGGGAAAGGUGAGAGGAGCUUCUACUCACUAACGUGGACAGUGCAAUUACCAUAUAACAAGGACAAGGUCUACUUUGCCCAUUGCUAUCCUUACACUUAUACAGAUCUGCAGCAUUAUCUUAGAGAUGUUGCUAAUGACCCGGUUAAAACAAAGAUCUGCAAACAGCGAGUCUUGUGCCGUACUCUGGCUGGAAACAUGGUCUAUGUUCUCACUAUAACCUCACCUAGUCCAAGCAAUAAAGAUCAAAAGCACAAGAAAGGUGUAGUGAUUACAGCAAGGGUGCAUCCAGGGGAGACAAAUGCUAGCUGGAUGAUGAAGGGCUUCCUGGACUGUCUCCUUGGCAAUACUGCUGAUGCUAAGUUGCUUCGAGACACAUUUGUCUUCAAGAUUGUGCCAAUGUUGAACCCUGAUGGUGUAAUAGUAGGAAACUACAGGUGCUCUUUGUCAGGUAGAGAUCUCAAUAGGAACUAUAAGACAGCCCUCAAGGAUUCAUUCCCCUCUGUGUGGCAUACUAAAGCAAUGGUGCGCAAAUUACUGGAGGAGCGUCAUGUGGUGACAUACUGUGAUCUCCAUGGACACAGCCGUAAACAGAAUGUUUUCAUAUAUGGCUGUGAGAACAGGGCGAACCCCAUGAAGAAAUUACGAGAGAGGAUAUUACCUGUAAUGCUCAAUAGAAAUGCCUCUGAUAAGUUUUGCUAUGAGAGUUGCAAGUUCAAGGUGCAGAAGAGCAAGGAGGGGACCGGAAGGGUGGUUAUGUGGAACAUGGGCAUCAUGAAUAGCUACACAAUGGAGGCAACAUUUUGUGGCUCAACUAUGGGCAAGAAGAAAGGCUACCAUUUCCACUCUUCUGACUUAGAAAUGAUGGGGUAUCAUUUUCUUGACACCUUGCUUGACUACUGUGAUCCGGAUGCUUCCAAGAUAACUGCUAUAUAUAAUGAAUUGGAGGACCGUUUACGUCAUGAGAUCCUGGCACGACUGGAGAAGACAAAAGCUGGGGAGACUACAGAUCUGUCAAGCAUCAACCUGGAAGAGAUUGACCUCAUGGACGCAGACUUCUCUUCUGAUCUUGAGUCAAGUACUGGAGGCUCAGACAGCUCUGUAUCAGAUGGUCUCCCUGUACAUCUGCAGUAUUUAGCAGACAAGUUUCCCAAGAAGAAAAAGCUGCGCAGUAAGAAAGAUCGAGACAAACAGCGCAAGAAACUGUCUGCAGCACCAGGUGGAGAAGAGAUGGGGGAUAAGAAACCAAGUAGCGCUCAACCUCAAUCCUCCACAAAACAAAGGGUCCAGAAGUCAGUGUCAUCAGCAGGUAGGAUGAAGCCCAAGGGAGGGGCCACAGGGGUUGGAAUGCCGAUGUUUGUGCAGCAGAGAAUGGAAAAGAGAGAGGCUGAAAAGCAGAGUGACUAUCUUGAGUCAUUGACAAGUGCCUUUCUCAGGAGCGGACUGUUGUUGAGUGAUCCUCAGAAAGCCGUUCCACAUUUUCGAUACUCAAAUACCUUCCAAGCCAAUGGAGUCAGAUCAACACCAGCUUUCCCAGUGGAUGUUGGCACCCUCUGUCCAAAUCACGCAAAAACAUUUGCAGCUAAAUAUAUGGCGAAUCAUCUUAGAAAUGCUAUUGUAUUCAAUGAAAAGCUACAAGAAAUAUCAGGCCUUCCUGUAAGUGUUAACUGGCAAUGUUUCCCUGCUCCCGGUGGUGGACAACGUGGUAGAAAUGUGACACUUUCUUCAAUCGACAAACUGAACAAGGAGGUCCUUGUAUCCAAAUUGGUUGAACUCACUAGAGAAGAUGAACCAACCCCCGAUCUUCCAAGGUAUCGCUACAGUGGGCGCAACUUGGCCGAUUCUGUACCUAUGACACCACCUAUGCCAUCUAGUCAAUUGCCACGCCACCUUGUGGAAGGACCAGAUACUACAUCAAAUUACCCUAGGCCAGAAGUACCUGCAUCAGAAACUGAUUUACAAGAUCCUAUCAUUGACAAAGACAAACAAGUCAGACAACACCCACUCCCAUUUGAUCAAACUCUAGAACGUGAUAGACCACAUGAUUAUGUGAAACGGGCAGAUGUUAAUAUCAACAACAAUAACCUGAACAGUCUUGAUAAAAAUGAAACUGCUAGUGCCAACAAUAAUGAUAAUGUAGGACCACAAGUUCGUACAUUGAAAGGUGGACAACGUGCAAAUUCUGCCACCUCUAGUGCCAGGAGCAAAAGUCCCAAGGGUAGUAAAAGUGUUGAAAGUCUUGGUGCCUUAGUUGAGACUGAACGAGGGCCAACUCUAGGUACAACUCUUCACACACAAAGAAAAGUCAACUUUGAGCCAGACAUCCAUGACAAUAUACCACAACUGCGUCAAAAACAUGAAACGUUCCUGCCUAGGUCUUCCAGUACAAACAGCAUGCAUAGCAUGGCAUCUAAACGGACCCAUAACUGGCCACAAAUAGACAACUAUGAAAAUACUAAUAAAACACAAAGUGCAAAGACCUCACGGUCAAAUAAACCACAACUGUUUGCUCAGGAUAAUUUAGUAUAUGCUCCAAACAAUAGCGUAUUCGCACAGUCCAAUCCACAGCAUAUGUAUGUAGGGAAGAAUUCUCAGGUGUAUGCACAGCAAAAUUCUCAAAUGUUUGCACAGCAGAAUCCACUUGUAUAUUCCCCAAAUAGACAAGGAAUGAAAAUGAGACAUUCAGUACCAGCAGGUUCAUCAGCCCAGCAGAAAGCCCCACAAGUCAGGAUUCUUGACAGAAUGGUACAGCAAGUUGGUGAGGAAGUGGACACCUUAACUGCAGAACUCAAUCAACAAGUUGAGCGAGAGAGAAUGAGAUCAACCCAGAAUGCACCAAACAGACCAGCGCAACCUUUUCAGCGCCAAACCCUUGAAAAAUAUGCCAAUAAUAAUUUGCCCAUAGAGAUCUAUGGAAAUAAGGUUAUAAACCAAGGACAAUAUGAGGUGGAAGAGAACACCUUGUCACCUCCCAUUCUUGCUGAAGUGUCUGAUAUGCAACAAGCAUCUAGACCUUUUAGCAAUACUCGGAAGGAAUCUGCAAAACCUCCUGCAAGAAUAUCAUUGGUGAUGAAUAAUGGCCAUAAAGCUAAAACUAAAGUCAGUCACAGACCACCAGCCAGGCCAGUGCUUAUGAGGAGUGCUAAUGGCAAGAGGCAGCAUUAGUAGUGAACAGUACAGAUAGUCCUUUUAUACUAGCAUAUAUAAUGGUGUUUAGUGAUGGGAGUUAGAUCUCGAGUCAGUUACAUACUACCAACUACUGACCAGUGCUUACGAGGAGUACCUAUUGAAACAGGUAGCAUCAAUGGUGAUUAGACGAGUACAUGUAAUACAUGUAGUAAGGUCCAAUAAGAAGAGGUUUUGCAUCUAUAGUAAAUUGUAUUAGACCUUGAUUAGACCUUGUAAUAUCAGUUGAUAUGGACAUAAAGCAAGGGUGAAAGAUACAAACAGAGGUACACUAGUCAGUUGCUAUUUUCGACUAAAACUAUCUUCAAUAUGGCUACAAUGGUCAUUAUUAAUAGAACAAUAUAUAAAAUGCUAUUGUUGCUGUUAAAUCUGUUGUCACUAUUUUAGAUGAUAAAAGUGGCGAAAUAUUGAUUAAAUAAAUAUUGUGUCCUUUAGGGAUACUGUUUCAUUGAUCUCAUGUGGAUACAUGUAUUCUUCAGGUACUAACCCCAGUCGAGGGAAAUGUCAAUGCAAACUUAUGAUAACACAUCUAGUAAUAAGAAGUCACAUAGGCCCUUUCGUAGGGGGUCAACAUUAUUUUAAUUUGCCUUGAAACAGUAAAAUUGAGAAUGGCAAAAAACCAGGGAAUGGUUGAGAAAAGUCAGGGAUUUUUGGCCUAGGAGUUAUUUGUAUACUGUAUAAUGUGCAUACUGUACUUAAAGAAUGUCUAUUUAAUGCAUACGUAACUAGAUGCUAUAUAUAUAUUAGUACUCAUACUUAGUGUUUUCAUAAACUGUUUAUCUAGAAAAGAUCUGUGUAAAAAUGUAAUUACAGCAACCCAUUUACUGUUGCUGUUACAUUUAGUUUUAACAGUGUAUAUAGUUUGAAGUAGCCAAACAUAUACCGUUCAUGUAUAUAAAAAAUGUAGGCAUAUGUAAGAAAUUAUUUAAAUGAAAGUCUUGAUUAAAUGCUUGAUUAUUUUACCGAAAAGAAAUGUUAAUGCCAUAUUCAAGAAAUAAAUUAUAUAAAUUAAA